UGCCGAGAGCCGUAAGUGAAGUGUCGCAAAGCAGAAGGAAGGCGGGAGUCCAGACUGCACGCAUUGAGGAAACCUAGGUAGUAGAGGCCGCUAUGGCUAACGCUCCGUGGGCAGAAGUCUGUGAGAAAUUCGAGGCGGCGCUGGCCCUCUCACGGGUAGAGUUGCAUAAAAACCCAGAGAAGGAACCGUACAAGUCCAAAUACAGCGCCCGAGCGCUGCUGGAAGAAGUAAAGGCGCUACUCGGCCCCGCGCCUGAGGAUGAGGAUGAGCGGCCUGAGGCCGACGACGAUUUGGGUGCUGAAGACCACACCCUGGCACUGCCAACCGAAGUGGUAGAGGCCGAGGUGCCCAUUGCCCAGCGGGCGGUGAGGCUGGCGGUUAUUGAGUUCAACCUCGGGGUGAACCACAUCGACACUGAGGAGCUGUCAGCGGGGGAGGAGCAUCUGGUGAAAUGCCUGAAGCUGCUGCGCAGGUACCGGCUCUCGCACGACUGCGUCUCCCUCUACAUCCAGGCGCAGAAUAAUCUCGGUAUCUUGUGGUCUGAAAGAGAAGAAAUUGAAACUGCACAGGCUUACUUAGAAUCAUCAGAAGCACUAUAUAAUCGGUAUAUGAAAGAGAUUGGGAGUCCUCCUCUUGAUCCUACAGAGCAUUUUCUUCCUGAAGAAGAAAAACUUACUGAACAAGAAAGAUCAAAAAGAUUUGAAAAGGUUUAUACUCAUAACCUGUAUUAUCUGGCUCAAGUCUACCAGCAUAUGGAAAUGUUUGAAAAGGCUGCUCAUUAUUGCCACAGUACACUAAAACGCCAGCUUGAGCACAGUGCCUACCAUCCUUUAGAGUGGGCUAUUAAUGCUGCCACCUUAUCACAAUUUUACAUCAAUAAGCUAUGCUUUAUGGAGGCCAGGCAUUGUUUAUCAGCUGCUAACGUCAUUUUUGGUCAAACUGGAAAAGUAUCAGCCACAGAAGACACUCCUGAAGCUGAAGGAGAUGUACCAGAACUUUAUCAUCAAAGGAAAGGGGAAAUAGCAAGAUGUUGGAUCAAGUACUGUUUGACUCUUAUGCAAAAUGCCCAACUCUCUAUGCAGGACAACAUAGGAGAGCUUGAUCUUGAUAAACAGUCUGAACUUAGAGCUUUAAGGAAAAAAGAACUGGAUGAGGAAGAAAACAUUAGGAAAAAAGCUGUGCAGUUUGGAACUGGUGAACUGUGUGAUGCCAUCUCUGCAGUAGAAGAGAAAGUGAGCUAUUUGAGACCUUUAGAUUUUGAAGAAGCCAGGGAACUUUUCUUGUUGGGUCAGCAUUAUGUCUUUGAGGCAAAAGAGUUCUUUCAGAUUGAUGGUUAUGUCACUGACCAUAUUGAAGUUGUCCAAGACCACAGUGCUCUGUUUAAGGUGCUUGCAUUCUUUGAAACUGACAUGGAGAGGCGGUGCAAGAUGCAUAAACGCAGAAUAGCCAUGCUAGAGCCUCUAAUUGUAGACCUGAAUCCACAGUAUUACCUGUUGGUCAAUAGACAGAUUCAGUUUGAAAUUGCACAUGCAUACUAUGAUAUGAUGGAUUUGAAGGUUGCCAUUGCUGACAAGCUAAGGGAUCCUGAUUCACACAUCAUUAAAAAAAUAAAUAAUCUUAAUAAGUCAGCAUUGAAGUACUACCAGCUUUUCUUAGACUCCCUGAGAGAUCCAAAUAAAGUAUUUCCUGAGCAUAUAGGGGAGGAUGUUCUUCGCCCUGCCAUGUUAGCUAAGUUUCGAGUUGCCCGUCUCUAUGGCAAAAUAAUUACUGCAGAUCCCAAGAAAGAACUAGAAAAUUUGGCAACCUCGUUGGAACAUUAUAAAUUUAUUGUUGAUUACUGUGAAAAGCACCCUGAGGCUGCCCAAGAAAUAGAAGUUGAGCUAGAACUUAGUAAAGAGAUGGUUAGUCUUCUCCCAACAAAAAUAGAGAGAUUCAGAACCAAGAUGGCCCUGACUUAAUGUUUGUUUUGAAAGAAUGGAAAUGUGCAAUAUGGAAAUGAUUUUUUUCCUUAGUCAACAGGUCCAGUUCCACUGUAAUAUUUACCUGUAUAGCCAGAUGAUUGCAGUUUGAGCUUGAGACACAGUCAGAUAAACCAAGUCUUUCCUAGGAUUUUAAUCAACAUGAUGUUAAUAAUUGAUAUCUAAUUAUGUAAAUUGCCUUGUAAACGUGAAACAUGAUUUAUAUUCUGAAUUGCUUGUUUCCUAUUUCAGAAUUUCUUGCCUCAGUUUCUAAAUGUAGAUCCUUUGUUGGCUAGUACUUGAUAGGUUCCUAACAAAGGAAAAUGUUGGAUAAUGUACCUAAUAGACAAAACUGUUACUAUAUUAAAAUUGAAAAAAUAACUUCAUAUAGUUAUUCUAAAUAUUUGCUUUCCUAAAUUCCUAAAGAAAUCUUUCCCUUUUGAAAAUACUAAAAGCUAAGUUAUUUUGUUGUAUUGUGUUAUAAAUGGGGGGAAGGCCUUGCUGGAAGUACAGUAAAUUGACUUGUCUCACUAAU